AUGGCAUCAUCAACGAAUAAUCCAAGAGAUCAUGCCAGGGAAUCACAAUAUGGUUUUGUAUACGGAGUUUCUGGUCCUGGUAAGUUAUUUAUAUUGCUUUUAUGAUCUUUAGGUAACUAAUAGAAAGAAUAUAUAUACGAUUGAGAAGCAAAUUUGAAAGGUUUGACUCAUUUCGAGACGUAGGUAUCAUAGAUAAUAUGCUUUUUUUAUCUUGGUGAAGAGAAGGCUUAUAACUAUGCUUCUUUGUUUUAUAUAAAAGCCUUGGAGAAUUCUGAAGGUGUUCAAUGUAGUGGAUUGUUUUUGUAAUGUGUUUUUAAUAUUAAAAUUUGAGUUAGUGCGUUGUACAUAACGUAAAACCUGAUUUUUAAUAAAUUGGUAAAGCUAAUGGAUUUAAUUACAGUUUUUUCUCUUUAUAUCUGAAAGUUAAGUGUUUUUAAGCUACUGAACAUGAUUUUAAGUAUACACUGUUAAAAAUUCAUAUAAAAAUAAGAUGUGAUAUUACACAAGAUAUCAACCUGAAGACUUCAAAAUAAAUUUAUGUUUUUAGUCGUAACAGCUGAGAAGAUGGGUGGAGCUGCUAUGUACGAGCUUGUCCGUGUCGGUCACUCCGAAUUGGUCGGUGAAAUUAUUCGUCUUGAAGGUGACAUGGCCACUAUUCAAGUAUACGAAGAAACUUGUAAGUUAUCUUAUGUUUUUGUUUGUUUUUAGGUAUUUUUGGACUUAAAUGGGUAAAGUGGGGAUUAAAUUAAGUUGUAGUAGUUUUAUUAGAGUAUUUUAUUUUAGGUUUGUAUAAAAACUAAGAUAAGUUUAAUAAAAAAUGGCAUUAAACCCGUAUUUUAGCUGCUGUAACCAUUGGAGAUCCAGUACUUCGUACCGGAAAGCCAUUAUCUGUCGAGUUGGGUCCAGGUAUUAUGGGCAGUAUUUUUGAUGGUAUUCAACGUCCGUUGAAGGACAUUAACGAUCUGACCGACUCGAUCUACAUCCCAAAGGGUGUUAACGUCAAUGCUUUGUCUCGUGAACAACGUUGGGACUAUGAGCCAAGCAGAGACAUCAGAACUGGCGGACAUGUAGCCGGAGGUGACAUUAUUGGUAUUGUUCACGAAUCCGUCUUGAUCAAGCACAGAAUUAUGGUACCAUCUAACGCUUGUGGUACCGUUACUUAUGUUGCUCCAGCUGGUCAAUAUACUGUUAAUGUAAGGGCUUAAUUUGAUGUUUUUGGGCAGUUUUAGGUAUGGAGAAGAAGUCCAGAAUGAUUGGCUUUAAAAAUAAGAUCGUAUUUUUUAGGACGUUAUUCUGGAAGUCGAAUUCUCAGGCGAGAAAUUCAAAUUUGGUAUGUUACAAGUAUGGCCAGUACGUCAACCUCGUCCAGUAAGCGAGAAGUUGGCCGCCAACUACCCAUUACUUUGUGGACAACGUGUAUUGGAUGCUUUGUUUCCAUGUGUGCAAGGUGGUACCACCGCUAUUCCUGGUGCUUUCGGUUGUGGAAAGACUGUCAUCUCACAAUCUUUGUCUAAAUACUCCAACUCUGAUGCCAUUAUCUACGUCGGAUGUGGUGAACGUGGUAACGAGAUGAGUGAAGUAUUGAGAGAUUUCCCAGAAGUAAGUUUUUGGAUUUGUUGUUGGUAUUUUAGGUACUAUCACUAACUCUUAUGUUAUAUUAUCUUUCUCCAGCUGACCAUGGAAGUCGAUGGUGUCACAACCUCCAUCAUGAAGCGUACCGCUCUCGUAGCCAACACUUCUAACAUGCCUGUAGCCGCUCGUGAAGCCUCCAUCUACACUGGUAUCACCCUGGCCGAAUACUUCCGUGACAUGGGUCUGAACGUGGCUAUGAUGGCCGAUUCCACCUCACGUUGGGCCGAAGCCCUGAGAGAAAUCUCCGGUCGGUUGGGAGAAAUGCCUGCUGAUUCCGGUUAUCCAGCUUACUUGGCUGCUCGUCUGGCCAGUUUCUACGAGCGUGCUGGUAAAGUCAAAUGUUUGGGAUCUCCUGACCGUGAGGGUUCGGUCACUAUUGUCGGAGCGUGAGUUUUUUUUGGAUUUUUGGUUGGUUUUUAGGUAAAAAAGAUUAAUUAUGAGGAGAAGAUGAGAGUUUUUAUCAUAAAGUUACGUUACAGUUCCUAAAAAAUCAGUUUUUGAGGACUUGGCUAUAUUAUCCAUGACAUAAAUUGAUGUUUAUGAUAAACUUUGUAGCUUUAUGCAUAAAAAAGUAGCUUUUUAAUUACAAAUGAUAUUUUUUAUAACAUCUAAAGGCUUAAAUUUCAAUAUUUUAGCGUAUCUCCACCCGGUGGUGACUUUGCCGAUCCAGUAACCUCUGCCACUUUGGGUAUCGUUCAAGUAUUCUGGGGUUUGGACAAGAAGUUGGCCCAACGUAAACAUUUCCCAUCGAUUAACUGGCUCAUCUCUUACAGGUAG